AUGUCCGACCCUAGUGAGCUGCCGUCAGAGUCCAUGCCCCGCGCUGAAUCAGAACUCAAGCCACUGUCCAAUGCCGAAGAUUUGGCUCUCUCGAACUCAGCCAGUGCCCAAAUCGCACGCAUUCUGAAUCCCACUGAUUUGGCGUUGGUCAACGGCUUUGCGAUCGAUGACGAUGAAGACGCGGAUGAGGACUAUGUCGCAGUUGACCAGGAUGAUGCCAACGAUAUGCCAUACUGGUUCCGCCGCCCGCCUAUUUACAAUCGCUCCAAGCUGGAUGAACUCCACCCGUUUGUGCAGCUGCUCUCUGUCUCCAACGUCGAUGAUUGUGUGCAGGUAGAGAAUGCUUUCCCAGAGCCAGAACGAUGCUCGCGUGAAAAGUUCAUCUAUCGCCUGAGCAGAUGCCCUGAGCUCAGUCUGGGACUCUUCACACUGCCUGUCAUCGAAGAAGGAGUCCCCAAGCCUCGCGCCACCCUCGUCGGUCACAUCAUUGCUACUCGCACUUCAGAGCCCUGUGUGACGGAUCGGUCGAUGCGACUUCCCACCAACUGGCAGAGUGAGCGCUGGACUAUUGAGGAGGGCCAGGCUGUUGGCCAUGAAGAGGGCGGUGGCACCAUUGCUAUCCAUUCUCUAGCAGUGCUGCCGGAGCACCAGGGCAAGCAGGUCGGCAGUACCUUGAUGAAAUCGUACAUCAACCGUAUUCGGGAAGCUCAGAUUGCCGAUCGGAUUGCAAUCAUUGCUCAUGACCAUCUGGUUCCCUUUUAUGAAUCAUUUGGGUUUGAAUCCCAUGGCUUGAGCAAGUGCCAAUUCGGCGGUGGUGGAUGGGUUGAUUUGGUAUGA